AUGACAAAUGUGUAUGGGGAGGCUAAGCAGAAAAUAGAUUCAGCUUCACAAGUGGCGUCAAAUAAAGCCUCAGAUGCGAAAGAAACAAUGUCAAUUUUGUAUGGAGAAGCUAAGCAGAAGGCAAGCUUAGCUUCAAAUGUGGCAUCAGAUAAAGCUUCUGGUGCCAAAGAGACUGCAGAAAAUAUGUAUGGGGAAGCUAAGCAGAAAAUGAAUUGGGCUACAGAUAUGGCUUCAGACAAAGCAUAUGAUGCCAAGGAGGGAGCAGCCAGCAUGUAUGGGGAAGCUAAGCAAAAUUUGAAUUCAGCUUCAAAUUUGGUUUCAGAUAGAGCUUAUGAUACCAAAGAGACGACCGCCAAUAUUUAUGGGGAAGCUAAGCAGAGAAUGAAUCAUGCUUCAAAUGUUGCUUCAGACAGGGUUAAUGAUACCAAAGAGUCGGCGAAAGGGGCCAUGGGUUGUGGAUAUGACAAAGCAACUGGUGCCUAUGGUGAGGCAAAGAAUAAAAUCAAAACGGCUACAAGUACUGUGUCUGGCAAGGCUUAUGAUGCAAUGGAAUAUGGAAGAGAGACUGCUGCAAAUGUGUAUGAUGGAGCAAAGGAGAAAAUGAACUUGGGUUCUGACAAGGCCAAUAUUGCGAGAGAUAGGGUGGCAGGAGGAAUAGAGUAUGGAAGACAAAAUGCAGCCCAUUCCUAUGAUGAGGCGAAAGAAAGGGUGGGGGAGGCAUACAAAGAAGCUAAGGAUACUGUAUCUGAGCAUACCAGGCAUAAGUAUGAGGCUGCCAAGGAGAGGGCCUCGCAGGCAACAGGUGAUCUUGGGGCGAAGAUGAGAAAUUGAUGCUGGUCCAUCCAAGAGCUAGCUAUAAGGUAUUUAAUCACUUCUAGCUGAUUGCAUGUUAAAUAUCUCUUUAUGAACUCGUAUGUGAUCACUUGAUCAUAUUGUUAAA